AUCAAAAUUUAGGUUUGGACUUAAUUGUCAUUUUGGUAAAAGUUAAUUAAUUGUCAAAUCUAUUUUCAAAUUGGUGUUAUAAAAGGAUUUUAAACUAGUUAUGAAUAUUUUUUAUGAUUAGAGGUAAAUAAUUGUGGAAUUAUCAGAAGUACGAUAUUUUUUACACUAAAAAGACUGCUUUUUUCACUAUAAAUUCGUGCUAAAAAAGAAAACUUUACAUUUAUAUUAUUUUUUUUAAUUGGAGAUCAAUUCAAUUAUUCAAUUGAUUAAACCAUAAAGUGAUUUUUAAAGCCAAGGUAAAGCUUACAAAAUUGUUCUAAACCAAUAAAUCUAAUAUUUUUCUUAUUUUGGGCUAAAAAUAUAAAGUUAAAAAAAAAACAACAAUUUUCCUUUAAGUUUUUGCAUUAAAAAAGUAAAUAAUAUUAAUCUUAUGAUCAAAAUGUGUUUACUAAUUUUAUGUUUUAUUAUAUUUUACUUUUUUAUUUUAUUUUAUUUUAUUUUGUUUCUUGUUUUCGGCUCAUGUCGCUUCCCUGAACUCGUCGCUAUAUGUCGCUGUCGCGCUCCGUUCAACACUAGCAUGAAGGCGGCCGCGCGCGCCCCCGUCAGAGGAGGCUCGUGUCCGUCAUGGAGCAACAGAGCGCGAUCAUCAUCAUCUGCUUGAAAACGCGCGCGCGCUCAUGCACGCACGCACAAGGAGGAUGCAGCCUCCCUCCGAACAACAGAUGCGGAGCUGAACCGGCAGAACCGGCGCGGUUCGAGCGAACACCGGGACCCAGCAGGAGCGCAGCCGCCGCCGCACACCCUCCCGGAGCCGGUACCGGCACCGGGCCGGACCGAACCUCCUCUCCGAACGAACGGCGUGAUUGUGAGCGGGGAGGAUGAAGAAAAGCAACCAGAGCAGGCGGGGCGUUCAGGAUUCCGGUCCGCUGAUGGUUUACCAGCUGGAGAAGGCGGGCUGGAUCCGGAAGUUCUGCGGGCGAGGGAUUUUCAGAGAGCUGUGGAAGAGCCGGUAUGUCAUGCUGAGAGGAGACCACCUCUACAUCUCCGACAAGGAGGUGAAAGACGAGCGUAAAGCGCAGGAAGUGUUCGAUCUAGCUGAUUACGAGCGUUCGGAGGAGCUGAGGAAGGCGAAGAGUCGCAGCAAAAAGAACCACAGUCGCUUCACGGUGCUGCGCUGCCGGCAUCCUGGAAAUACGGUUCCUAACCUGGUUUUUCUAGCGGUAAGUCCUGAAGAAAAGGAGUCGUGGAUCAACGCCCUUAACAUGGCCAUCAUCAAAGCCAAGAACCGAGUUUUAGACGAGGUGACCAUCGAGGAGGACAGCACGCUGGCUCAUCCCACCAGAGACCGAGCAAAAAUCCCUCAGGGCCGCCGCCUGCCGACCCGAGGACACCUGCUGGCCGUGGCGUCCACGUCCUCCCACGGCAUGCUGACGCUCGACCUGGUCGCAGAGGAGGACGGCUUUUCCCCGGACUACGAGGACGACCUCCACGACUCCUGGGAGAACAGCUUCCGGGUCGACCUUCAGAAGGGGGUCGGAGGUCGCCAGAGAGCCGACACGGAUGUUUCAAAGCUGCGGGUGACGACCAAAGAGCCUAAACUGAAAACCAGCAGUCUACCCAGGGGGAGUGAGCGGUCCUGGGGAAAGCAGCUGCACUUGGACACCUCCAAGGUCCACAAGAACCAGCAAGUGGUCCUCCAGGGUCAGUCCCGCACGCCACAGCCAGGGAAGAGGUUCAACAUGCAGGGUCGCAGUCGCUGCGCCUCCAUGGAUGAAGUCCACUCCUCCAGGCCGGCGCUGAUCCGCUCUGAGUUCCGGUCCGCUCUUCGUCGCUGCACGACCGAGGAGGAGUCGACGGACGGGGCCUCGGCCCAGCCUGUGGGGCAGCUGCAGAGCCUCAUCGCUCAGAAGAUGCAGAGAGCUCAGGAGCUGCUGGAGGAAAUGAGGCUGCAGGAGCUGCAAAAGGCCAAAGCAGACAGGGAAAAGGGCGGCAGCGCGGCCCACCUUAAAGGCAUCGAGUCUCCACGGCUUCAUCACCUCAGAGGCUCUGACUCUCCUCACUCAAGCAGGUCAUCUGGAUCCUCCAGGAGCAGAAGUAGUGAUUCUCCUCGCCUCCGGAGCAAAGACUCCCCCCGGAUGAGAGGGAGGGAGUCUCCUCGAUCCAAAGCUAAGCGGAAUCGCUCGAAAGGCGCCGACUCCCCUCGCUCAAAAGGAUCCCAGUCACCUGCAGCUAAAGCCGCCGACUCUCCUCGCCUGAAAGAUUCUCCUCGACUGACCGAGUCUCCUCGAUCCAAAAGUUCAGACGGAGUCCGCUCAGCUAAACUCAAGGGAUCGUCCAGCGCCUCCUUCAGCAAACCCAACGACUCUCCCACUCAGAAGAGUCCGGAACCUCCUCCGGGCUCCCCUCAGGUUGAAGGAUCCGAUUCACCGCAAGGCAGUAAAACCGCUUCUCCUCACGUGGGGAGAAGUGAGGAGUCUCCUCUUCAGGGUCAGAUGUCUCCAAGUGCAUCCGGAUCCUUCGAUUGUUCUGACAAACUUCCCCCGCCUCACUCCUCGGCCUCGGCGUCAGAAGACCUGGAGGUGGAGAGGAGCCGGGCGGAGGCCGAGCGGCUCCUGGAGGAGGCCGUGUCGUCGUGGAAAGAAGCCCAGGAGGUUCUCCAGGAGGUGAUGGAGCUGCAGAGCCAGACUCUGCGGCGGCAGCGCAGGAGAACCUACGAGAAGAUGACGUCAUCCGCAGCGACCGCCGCAGCGGAGGAGGACGACACGCCGGCCUCGCCGACGUCACCGGAGGACGAAGACGAGUCAGAGACACCCUGAAGAUCUUCCACGGUUUCCCAGCAUGCUCUAAACCGAGGCGGGAUUUGAUUAAUUUGGGAGUUUUAAUUCUAUUUCUGCAAUGAUUUUUAUCUUUUAAUCCAGGGAGGACGCACGUGACCGCCUCGGCAAAUGUGGAUUAAUUUAAAACCAGUGAUACAGUUCUUCCUAGGAGGUUUAGCGACUUUAAUCCUCCAGAGUGCACUAACCCAGCAGAAGCCCUCUCACUCGUGCUGCCCGCUUUUUCAAACCAGUCACGUUUAACCACGACGGACACUUUCGGUGAGGAACCUCGCCCCUUUUUCUAAAGGUGCUGCACUACUUUGUCCCGUUUUGCUGUGAGCAAAACCAAAAAGGAUUUUGGUUUGUGUUUUUUAAAGACAAAACCUUUUUUUCCAAAACAUUUUUUACAAUUUUUUGGAAUACGAAAAAGCGAAUCGCAUUACCCUUCCUGGUUUUUCUGAGCACAAAAAAAUGUUUCUUGUACUUAAAAUGAUCUAAUUUGGAUUUGAUUCCCUCACUGACGUUGAAGUCUUCCUCUUCUUUUUGCUUUAGUCGUAGCGCUUCGUCCAGAAAUCCUGAAUAAUCAGGGAGAAAACGCGAAAAAGCAAUAAUGAACACAGGGAAAAUUUGUACUUCUUUCUACUUUUUGAUCAAAGCACAGCGGCUCCCGUUUCUAAACGAUAUGCACUGAACUCCUUUGCAUUGUACUGUGUGGAAAAACAUUUGUAAAUGUGUGGUAGCACAGUAGAAAAACAACAGAUGCUGGAUAUUUGACUCAUUUUGCUUUUCAAAGGUGAAUCUUUUGCUGCAGGAAGAAGAAGAAGAAGAAAAAGAAAAACAGGGAUGCGUGUGAAAUAGAAAUCAUCACACAUGACUGCUUUUAUGUCAGAGCGUUUAUUUCAUUUUUUAUUUUUCUGAGGUGAAGCAGGUGGAGGCGUUUGUAAAUUUUGAAAAAAAAAAUCAAGUUAGCACCCUGCAGAUGGGCCGCCAUCGAAUUCCGCUCGCAUGAGCAAAUUCAGAUCGGCAGAGGUCUGGAAAAGUUAAAAAUACACAACGUAAAGAGGCCGUGUGAGUCUUCCGAAGGUCGCCUCAUUAUCCAGACAAAGAAAUUAGGAGUUUUACAGCAGAAAACUCACGUUUUUUAAGGUUUUAAUCUGUUUUUAACAAAUUUAACACUUUUAAAGAUAGUAAAGCAAAUACAGUGACAACUAGUGGCUCAAAUUGCAAAUUACAGCUAACUGUAAACACUUAAAACACUUCAAAGUAAAUUACAUUGAUGCCAAUACAUGCAAUAAGCCAAUAUUUAACUGCAUCUCUGCAUAAAUGUAGCCUUAAAUUUAUAAAAUUGACACAUUUAAUAUUUUUUUGCCUUAAACGUGAUUUAAUUUGUCUACAUUUGCACUAAUUGAUUAUUUAAUUUAUUAUUUAACUUAAAUAAUACAUCCUCAGACCUAAAGGUUUUACACUACGACAAUUAGGGCUUUAUGUAAUCAGGGUUCAGUCAAUCAGUUCUCCUGUUGUAUAGCUUAUAUGACAAAAUGUAAGCAUGAACUGGUUCAUUUGCUCACAUGCUAGUGCUUAUUAGAGCUGAAUUACCUUAGUUACAGUAAAAAAAUGAAGUAGAAAUGUUUGUUUUUUUCAGAGGCUCUCCAUACAGGCUGCAAAAACUCCCAAAAAGUUUUGUGGAACUCAAAGAACUGCCAGAAACUCAAAAGAAGAACUAAAACCCUACAAAAUAAAAGCCCAAAACAUGAAUAAAAAGCGAUUAGACAAGGGUUUAAUUACCAAUUAAUUAAUUUAAAUAUUUAACAGAAACAGUUGGUAGCCUAAACCCGGUGGACUCGAGGGUUAACAUAACCCGAACACAAAAAGCUUAAUUUAACAUUUUAAUCUAAACCGAACACUUGGAGUUUUCUAGGUUUGAUUGCACAGAUGACAUCAUCACACACAAGAAUUCUCAACAGUUUAUGCAAAUCAGCCCAUGAAACCACCCAGUUACAAUAAGCUACACAUUUAAUAACCCUGUGCUUUAGCAUCAUGCUAACAAGUGCUGGUUACGUUCAGGGUCAACGUCAGGGUUACAGCGAACUUCUAAGAAGAUUUUAUCGUAAACAAAAACUGUAGCAGCGAAAUACCGUUUACUACUGCACAAGUACCUCCUAAUAAUUUCAUAAUCAGUCUCACUCUGAUCAUCUUUUGAUAAAAAUGUUCCCAGUUUAUGUAGUUUUAAGCCAAAAAAAGCUUGUGUCGUUUUUUUUUGGACAUAGUUUCUGCAGAGCGGCAGGAGCUCGUUAUAAAUUUGCCUCUCAGCUGUGGGCGGAACCAUGAAGCAGCUCCGCCCCAUUUGUUGUUGAGAGCUCGAGUGAAUCUUUUACGUCAUAAGUAAGCUCUAUUCGUUCACUCCUGAUUCUCAACGAUUUGAAUAAAGAAAUACUCAGAAAAGUAGAUUAAUCUGAAUUUCUUGCAUCAUCCGAAUAAAGGUAAAAUUUCCCAUGUUUACAUUUGCAUUUGUUUGGGUUGCAAGCAUCGACUGUAUAUAGAGAACUGGACUGAGUGAGUGUGAUGUCACCCGUAGAAAAUUGUUUACUUCUUUCUUCAAGUCCAUUCAGUCGUCAUUCUUUUGUGAUACGGACGUCGCCAUGUUGGAACCAGACAACAUCAGUUAGCAGUGAUUGGUCAGAGUUGGUCUGAGUCAGCGUUUCUAUGGCAACCACUCUCACCAAUCAGGAGUGAGAUUGUUUUUAAGC